UAGAUUUCCAACUUCCGGGAUCGUUUUCAUUUCAAACAGCAGCUGUCGGCCCGCUGCAAAGUUUUGUUUUCUGUGCUUAUUUUUUUGCUUGCGGGACUUAAAUUGCUGGACGUUAGUGAGAUUAUCAUGAUUAUCAUAUUACCACAGGCGUUCCUCGUCUAUGCACACAUUCUGUACACCGGCGCUAGUCUAUAAAAAGUGUACCCAAAUGUUGUGUUCGCAAUGAAAAGAAACGGCACUUACAGGUUUUUGUCCGUGUUUUCGUGCUUUAUCGUUUGCGCCUUUCUGUUUAUCUUCUGGUUCUUUGUGUUUUAUUCAAUGGUGCAUGUACCGUGAAGUAAGCUAGGCUAUCAUUCACUGGGUUGUAUGGCUAACGGCAACUACCCAUAGUGCACAGCUUUGUUUACGCCCCGGUUAUCACGUGACCACUAAACGCGGAAGAAAGAAUCCUGUGCGUGAGGUCAUUAUGGCGUCCGACCACAGUGAGGCCUCUGCAGACCUUAAGCUGCAGUUUGCUCCCUUCAGCAGUGCUUUGGAGGCAGGCUUCUGGCAUCAACUCACACAGAAGAAACUUAACGAUUACAGACUGGAUGAGAGCCCCAAAUGCAUCAAGGGAUACUACUACAAUGGUGAUCCGGUUGGUUUGCCCACCCGCCUGACCUUGGAGUUCAGUGCGUUUGAGGUAGAUGGUUCAACUCCGGCUCACUGCUGUGCGGCUGUUGGCAAACUGUACAACACCAACACUCUGGAUGCAUUUAAAAGCACUGAUAAGAAGGCUCUGCUGGACAAAGAAUCCAAAGAGCUUUGGGAUGCCAUUCAGUCAGGAGAUGCGCUAAGAGACCCAGCCGUGCUCUGCAGGUUUAUUCUACUGACCUUUGCGGACUUAAAGAAGUACCACUUCUACUACUGGUUCUGCUUUCCUGCACUCUGCUUCUCAGAAGGGAUAAAGAUCAUAAAGCAGCCUUCUGUCCUAGAGAAGGUGUUCUCAGCAAAACAGAUCGCAGCGUUGCAGGAGUCCUAUGAUCGUCUGUGUAUCAAAGGCGGGACCACUGCUGUUCCUUAUUUCCUAAUGAAGUACACAGAAGACGCCGUUGAGUUGGCCCUGCUUGCAGAGUGGGCGACAUUCUUCCCCUGUACCACCAAGGUCACUGUGGGUGUGUAUGAUCCAUGUACUCUGUCUCAACAUCCAGGAUGGCCUUUGAGAAAUCUACUGGUCCUCUUAGCUAGCCAGCGGGGCUCUAAGGUGGACACGGUGGAGGUUCUCUGUUUCAGGGACAGAACUCUGCAGGGAAUCCGCUCCAUUCAACAUAGCAUCAUUUUUCAGGUUAAAUUACCUGAACUCCCCAUCGACUCUGUGUGUCCAAAGAGCGUCGGCUGGGAGAAGAACCCAAAAGGGGCCAUGGGACCCAGAAUGGUCAAUCUCAGUGAAUGUAUGGACCCCAAAAGGCUUGCAGAGUCCUCUGUGGACCUUAACCUCAAACUGAUGCGAUGGAGGCUCGUUCCUUCACUGGACCUGGACAAAGUGGUCAGCACCAAAUGUCUUCUGCUGGGCGCUGGGACUCUGGGCUGCAAUGUGGCCAGGACCCUGAUGGGUUGGGGCGUGAGACACAUCACCUUUGUAGACAAUGCAAAAAUCUCCUACUCCAAUCCGGUCCGACAGCCUCUCUACGAGUUUGAAGACUGCCUCGGAGGAGGGAAGUCUAAAGCCAUUGCAGCUGUGGACCGGCUCAACAAAAUCUUUCCUGGUGUUAAAGCUGAGGGCUACAAUAUGAGCAUCCCCAUGCCGGGCCACCCUGUGAAUUUCUCCAAAGCCACCCAGUCUCAGGCAGAGAAGGAUGUGGAGCAUCUGGAGAAGCUCAUCUCAGAGCACGAUGUGGUCUUCUUACUAAUGGACACCAGGGAGAGCCGCUGGCUGCCCACCGUGAUUGCCGCCAGUAAAAGAAAGCUGGUAAUCAAUGCUGCUCUCGGCUUCGACACAUUCGUAGUGAUGCGCCAUGGCCUGAAGAAAGCCCAAGUUGGGCAAAAUGCCUGCAGCGGUGACGCAAGCGCCUCCCUUUCUUGUUCAUCGGCUUCCUCUUCUUCGUCCUCCACGCCGGCUGGCUCUGCGCCCUCCGUCACAGGAUCCUCUCUCUUCUCCAACAUUCCCGGGCACAAGCUGGGAUGCUACUUCUGCAAUGAUGUGGUGGCACCAGGAGACUCAACCCGAGAUCGGACUCUGGAUCAGCAAUGCACCGUAAGCCGACCGGGUCUGGCCAUGAUCGCUGGAGCUCUGGCUGUGGAGAUGAUGGUAUCCAUUCUACAACACAGUGAAGGAGGCUACGCGGUGGCCAGCAGCAGUGACGACCGAAUGAAUGAACCUCCCACAUCACUCGGUCUGGUGCCACAUCAGAUCCGAGGUUUCCUCUCCAGGUUCGACAAUGUCCUGCCUGCCAGCCUGGCUUUUGACAAGUGCACGGCCUGCUCGCCUGUUGUUUUGGACCAUUACGAGAGGGAAGGCUUCCAUUUCCUGUCCAAGGUUUUCAAUUCUUCACACUCCUUCCUGGAGGAUCUGACAGGGCUGACAUUGUUGCACCAGGAGACCCAGGCUGCAGAGAUUUGGGACAUGAGCGAUGACGAGAGCAUCUGAGGAACCGAAAACCUUUACACAACCAUCAUGUUUUUUUGUUUUUUUUUUCUCACAUUCACUGUUACCGAGACGCUCUAAUGUGCAGAUCCAUUGAGAAAAUUGCAUUUUUAACAUUCUCUGCUCUCUAUUGUCCAACAUAAAUCAUUUGUCACUGCUAAUUAUGUAUUGCAGUGUUUGUACUGAAUCAUGAAUGUUGCUUGUGUAUCAGUGAUAUUUACACUCUCACUUUGCAGUUUGUGGCAAGACAAGACAAGACAAUGUCAGCACAGUCUUUAAACCAAAGUGGGUCCAAAUAAUGUUUGUUAUUUUCUAACUGUAAUAAAUCAUAGGAGCUACUCUGCUAAUGGUGUACGCUGUGGGGAUGCUAGUUCUCGAACCUACUGCACAAUGUCAUGAUGUUUAUUAUGGUGGUUGUAGUUUGCAUCAUACAUCAUACAUAUUGUCAAGUUUACCUCCAAACUGAGCUUUGUGGUUAUUUUCACUAAAUACUGAAGACAAAUAAUAAAAUGCAUCUUUAUUAUUAGUCUGUGU